AUGCCCAGCAGGGCCAUCCUGUGCGACUGGUGGCGUGGCUUUGCUGUGAAAGCUACAGUCUCUGCGCGAAUUUCCGAGUCUGGCCCUGUCAUACCCUCUGUAAUCCGUGUAUUUCCCGACACCCUGGACAGUCCCGUCGAGGUCAGCUUUCCGCCCUGGUUCUUCGAAUCAUCGGCCUCCAAGCAGGAACGUGUCCGACCUCAGCUCCCUGACAUGGAGGAGGACUACAUUGCCUCCAUCCUCCACCCGUAA